ACCAUUUCUCCUGACGGGGUGCAAGUUAGGUGGAACGAUCCCCCUUGCACCAGGGUGUACGCGCGUCACCAAUAAACACAUAGCUGCUCCAUAUCCUUACUGGCUAUAGGGUCUGAUUUCUGCACGUCAGUCUGUCACAUAGGUCUGGGUAGGAACUUACUGGCGUUGGCAGGGCCCUUUCUUGCCACUCCUCUGCUAUUAUCGAUUAAAUCUAUCAAGAAAUCAUAAUGGCUGUUCUCUGUAAAACCAACACGUAACCUUGUUCCUUCUGCAAGCAACCAAGCCCAACACACGCUGGUAGUGUUGGUAGCUUCUACACUGGUAGAAGGGAAGAUAAAUCCCUUCAACGUGCUGAACUGCUGUGUAGAAUGAGCUCUGUUUUAAUCUCGUUCCUCUACGAUGCUCAGCUUUCCUAGCUUCUCCCCUGCCUAAGCACACCCUUCUGUCCCUUGGCAUUAACCAUCACGCACAGCGGGAUCAAAUCUGAGCUCUCCUCCUGCUUCUUUCCAGAAGGAUGAGACAAACAGCAGAAAACAACCAGCCUCCACAGCUAACUCGUUUGGGGUUGCUCCGGACGUUUGGAUGUUCCCUUCCAUGGCCCAGGCCAAGCUCGCUGAGCUGCUCCUCCUUUGUGCAGGGGAAGACCGGUGCAGGUGCAAUGCGCUGGCAAAUCCACCUGCAGAAAACACUGCCAUUCCCUUUAGAAACAAAGAAACCACUCUGCCCUUGCUCCUGAGCCUGGUCCCUGCCUCCACCUGCAGGGCUUGGCUAUCCUGGCUCUGUUCAUGGGCCACUAAAUGAAAUCCAGACAACAGAAACAAAAAGAGGCAGAGGACUGGCACUAAUACUUCCCCGUUGGCGGGAAUCUCAACAGAAAGUGUUGUGCUAAAGCUGUGAGGUUCAGGGAACACCCCUAUCAAGGCAAAAGACGUAGUAUGGAAGGUUUGGUUAGUCUUCUGACUAGAAGAAGAGAAAGGACUAUUACCUCCUAUUUUAUUUUUCUUUCAGUCUCUCUCGUCAUGUAGAUCUGAGGAUGACCAAAGCCUGUUGCCCCAAGCAUUGCUGAACCCAUCAAAAUGGUUGCUCAGAGCUAUUGCACCGGCACAUCGCACAGAAGAACUGUGUAACCUAAGUAGCAAGGGGAGAACAAAGGGGAGCGGCUAACAUUCAUUACCUCCCCUAAACUGAUAGUCGUUGGCUUCUUGUCCCAUCCAAAUCCUGGCAAGCAGGAUAACAAAGAUUUAGUGAUGUUUACAACUGUGGUAGGGAUUGCUGGAUACAACCAGCCACCCAAGGCUGAGCACACUCUCCGAUCCCUUUCGCAAUUCUAGAAAUACCCAGAAGAGCUCUGUGUUCUCUUGCUUUCAUUUCCUUACAUGAACCAUUUUCAAAUGCACGUUGUUAUAGGCUGACACAAGAUCUAGGGCCUAAAGCCACAGCCACAGAGGUGGACACUGGCCCCAGGGCCUGAAUCCAUAUCUACAGCCAGACAGGCCGGCACCAGCUCUGGGGCUUAAAGCCAAAGCCAGAGAAGCUGGCAAGGUCCCUGGGACGUAAGUCCACAGCCAGAGAGGCCGGCACCAGCCCUGUGGCCUAAAAACAAGGACAGAGAAACUGGCACCAGCCUCGGGGCCUGGAACUACAGCCACAGCUGGAGAGGCCACUACCAGCUUUGGGCCUAAAGCCACAGCCACAGCCAGACAAACCAGCACGGACCCUGGGGCCUGAAGCCACAGGCUCAGCCUGAGAGACCGGCACCAGCUCUGGGGUCUAAAGCCACAAAAAAAGAGGCCAGCACUGAGCCCAGGCCCUAAAGCCACAGCCUGAGAGGCUGACGCCGGCCAUGGGGCUUAAAGCAAAAGCCACAGCCAGGCAGGCCAAAAAAGGCCCUGGGGACUAAAGGCACAGCUUGAAAGGCUUGAAACAGUGCAGGGGCUUAAAGCCACAGCCAAACUUAGAGAGGCCGGCACCUGAAGCCCCAACCAGCAAGGCCAGCACCGGCCCAAGGGCCUGAAGUCACAGCCAGAGAGGCCUACACCGGCCCCAGGGCCUAAAGCCCCAGCCCCAGUCUGAGAAACCAGCACCAGCCCCAAGGCCUGAGGCCACAGCCACACAGGCUGCCAUUGAUCCCAGGGCCUAAAGCCACAGCCCAAAAGGCCAGCACUGGCCCCGGGGCCUAAAGCCACAGCCAGAGAGGCUGGAACCAGGCCAAGGGCCUAAAGCCACAGCCAUGGCACAAGAGGCCAACACCAGCUUUGAAUAUAAAUCCACAGCCCAAGAGGCCUAUACCAGCCCGAGGCCUGAAGGUACAGCCACAGCCCGAGGGGGCUACAUCGGCCCUGAAGCCUAACGCCACAGCCAGACAAGCCUGCACCAGCCCCGGGACAUUCAGGCGUGCAUUGCUAUUGGUUUCUAGUGAUUCCUCUGGGACUCCAUUGACCACUAUGAAGCCCUAUUGGUCUUUUCUGUUUUUUUUUGGGCUGCACAAGAGUCGUCUUCACUUCUCUAUUCCUGUUCUUCAGAUAACCCCAUUGGGUGACCCUAAGAUGUGGAGCUGGGAGGCGUCCAUUUCCUUCGCUUAUGAUGAAAGCACCGAGGCGAUGCGGGCACUCGCUGAGGUCACAACCACUGCUGGGGUGGGAGCGUUUGUGCCACAGCUGGUGAGCAGAGCUGGAGCUCUGGUGAGCGUGCUGCACGCAGAGACUGAGCUCUGGGCCUUCUGUGGAACAGAUCACCCUGUGAGAGCCCGACGGAAGCACCGCGUGUGCACUCGUCGGUACUUUCUGCAGGAUUCCUGUCCCAAAGGAGAUUCCGGGAUAGAGGCGGUCUUAGGAAGAGGGAAGCCAGCUCUUUCCAAGGGCCGGGGAAGUUCCUGCAGAGAGAGCCUCUGGAACUUCAGCUUCCUCUGAGCCUUCAGCAGCCAUGUCUCAGCAAGGAGACGACCGCGGUUCCAAUUCCUGCCGUGUGAGUGGCAAGAAGUGGCGCGGUGCGGUUCCCCGCGGUUGGGAGCAGCAGCCAGCAGGCUGCCAGAGAUCCAACCGCGCCUUGCAGCGCACAGAGGGACGCAACAGGGACGGACGGUCCUUCCUGCCAUACAGAAGGAUGGAUCCUGCGCGUCCAUGGAGUGGUGCUGGGCAAGGGGGGAAACGGAAAGCCUCCGCAGAGAGAGGUGCCGAGCCCAACGGAAAGAUCUACGCAAAAGCGGUGCAGGAAGUCCUUCUGGAGAGAGCUCAUCUCCAGGCUGGAGGGCUUCCUACAACAGCAGGUCCCAACACAGGGGGAAGACCUUCCCCUGCCGUGUGCCCCCGCUCUGUCUCCAAGUCCUUGGCUGGAUGUAAACGCAAAGGCUUGGAAGAAGCGAAGCCAACAGCAGCGCAGCUGCCUGCUAACAAAAGAGUGAGGGGGCCGAGCGGAGACAGCGUGCCAGCUCCAGCAGCACACCCUGGGCCUGCUGCAGCGCGGAGCUCCAAGCUAAGAGCGAGAAGACGCCAAGAGAAAGAGAGGAGAGGGGAAUCGAUGAAGGCUGCCCUCAGAGCUGCCGCUGCACGUGCAGAGGCCUCCGCAGUGAACAGCCUUGUGGAGAUGAUGCAGAAGCUGCAGCUGAAGGACUGAGAGGAGGAGCGUCAGCAGGCAGCGGCUGCAGUGCGCGGCGUUACAGGGCAGCGCUGCGAGUGCUGCCCACCUCAGCACUCCAACUUCAGAUGGAGUCAAUAAAUACCAGACACAAUGAGAGA